AUGGACAGAGGUCUCUCGCCAUGGCCAACAAGUUCCUCAUCUGGCCAUAGUGAAGACAAUUCUCCCCCACCUUCUGCGUCGCAAAAGAAACCCUCGAAGCCCAAACAGACGUUCCUCUUUGUCAAUAAAAACGCCAAGUCCGAGCAUUUGUCCCGAAGCGCGGCCCCAGACGAGCGGCUCGAGAUUCGACGCCAUGUCAAGCAGAACCUGGAUCGUCGCGACCGCGUCCGGCGUGGUCGAAGGGUCGAAGUAGCCCCAUCGACUGCGAGCCGCAUUGCUCGGGAGGGUUUCCAACUUGUUGAUUCGUCCAGCUCAACCUCACCAGAUUCAACACCUAGCACGAAUGCAGGGACCAAGGCAGGCUUUAAGUGGACUUUCUCCGAUAAGGCUGAUGACUACGAUGAAGAAGAUCACGACACGCUUCAGGAACAUCAGGAUAAGCUCAUUGUACGAAGACGUAUCCAGCAGCAGCAGCAGCAGCAGCGAAUGAUCCAGCCGGGAGUCGAUCCUGCGCGGAUGGUAGAUCCGAGCGGCUCAGCGCCCCUCGAAAUGAACAAGACCGCACUCAAAGUCAUUCAGCUAUACAUGAGGAUGUCGAGCAUGGACAAAGACCAGCAAUCUGAUCUGAAACGCGCACCCGGAAGCGUGGUCCGCUACAACAAGAUUGCAUCCUCGAGCCUGUCUCAGGCCUUCUCCAGCAGAGUGCGACUCGCGUGUCUAAUCGCUGCAACGGGAGCAAGCAUGGCCGUUGUCUACAAGAACAUGUCCUACGUCGACGCUAUGUACCUUGCUCAAAGAGCGGUCGCGUUGACUCGGCAGCAGCUGGCGACUGAGUCCCAGGUUAGCCCGGAUCACUUCUACGUGGCGUAUAUUCUCUUCGUCACUGAAACCUACUACGGCAAUACCGAGGCGGCUAUCAUACAUCUUCGGGCUGCGCGGUCGGUAUGGUCGCAGCUCGGAGGAUACGACAACAUUGACGGUCCUAAUCGAGACUUGUUCUUGAGUAUUGCCUUCUUUCAACAGUUCAUCGAGUACUGGAAUGCUGAUCCUCCGAUUCAACCUUUCUGGACACCAGCCGAUUCGCCGUGGCCUCCUGAGAUUAUCAUACCUCCAGGCAGAAGUACUUUGGCAAGUCCGAAAGAAUUUUCACCUGGCAAGUCGGACAUUCUAUCACGACCUGACGUACACUUCUUCCUCCAGGAGAUCGUGUCUUACGCGCAAAAUCUUCAGCAAGUCGCGGACGAGGAGACUCGAACUUUCGAAUACGAGCUACGCAACCUUAUGUUCCGCCAGCGCCUGCUCUGUCUUCGCACCAAUGAUGCCCGCGUACACAUUCUCCGGCGUUGUCUACAUAUUCUGGUAUCAGCUCUAGCUGGGUAUCCAUGGCUCAAAGGGUAUCUUGAGCAAGGUAUUAUGUUUCUCAAAGGGGACAUGUUGAAGUCACCUAUUACCGCGUGGCAGCAAGAACUGAGACUUCGAGGCUUCUGUUUGAUUGUAGGGGCUAUCCACAGCAGCGAUUCAUGGUUCAUGGAGCAGCCGGCACUUAGUGUGGCCGUAGCCGACGGAAGGCAAGGCACGUUCGAAGCAUUGCGCAGAUGCUGCGGCAGCUUCGUUGAGCCGAAUCUCGUGUCAGCCGAAUCGCUGCGCGAACUAAGCGACAGGAUUCUGACCUGGUGGUCGUUGCAAGCGCCUGGCUCUCGGUCGGAAUCCCCUGGAAUGUCUCAAACUCGGCUCGACCGGGAGCGCGCCGGUCUCCUCACGCCGCCAUCCGAAAGCGAUGGUCAUCAUCUGAAGCGAGAGCCAACAUGA